AUGGUGAAAACCAAGUUUACGACUCCCGAUGUCCGCGCUAUGGUGAGGGAUUUACGGACAAAGGUGCUGGGAUUGAAGGUGGUAAAUAUCUAUGACAUAGACAACCGGACAUACACGUUUAAGCUGGCUGUACCGGGUGGAGAAAAAGUCACUUUGCUGUUGGAGUCGGGCGCCCGCUUCCAUACAACGGCCUAUGCACGUGAGCGCAGUGUCCCAGGCGAAUUGCCGAACGUCUUCGCAAUGAAGCUGCGGAAAUACUUGCGUGGCAAAGGCUUGGAGGACGUCCGGCAGCUGGGAAUGGACCGCGUUGUCGUCUUUCGGUUCGGACAGGGCGAGGGUGCGCUGCAUUUGAUCCUGGAGCUCUACGCUAGCGGCAACCUCGUGUUGACAGACGCCAAUUAUCUCAUUUUGGCGCUCCUGCGCACCCACCAGUAUGACCAAGGCCCCGAGAAGGCCGUGGACGGGGAAGUUGUCGGAAAGGACGCGGAAGCCGGGGCCGGUACGGUGGAAGGCCGCGUGGAGGAGAGUGGGAGGGUGGUGCGGGUGGGACAUGUCUACCCGCUGGCAUUCGCCAGUAACGCCCUUGCCGCCACUCGCUCCAGCGCGGGGGUCGAGAAGGAUGCGGGCGCCAAGCAGGACCCCCCCCCGUGGCUGGCAGUGACGGCGGAGACCGUGCUGGCGGCGUUGCGGGAAGUGGUGGUGCGGGAGAAGGGGAAGGCGGGGAAGGAGGGAAACGGGACGUCGUCCAUGGCCCAGGGGGGCAAAAGGGGGAGGACGAAGCGGGGCGGGCAAGCAGGCGCCAGUGCUCGGAGCAAAGUGAACCUGAAGAUGGCGCUCAUGACCAGCAAAACGCUCGACUUGAGCGCCCUCGGGCCCGCCAUCGUCGAGCACGCCGUCCUGGAGGCCGGGCUUCGACCUCUGCUCAGGCUGAUGCCCCCUGCCUCGGCUGUGGCGCUGGGAGAGGACGAGGAGGAGGGGGAGGGGCAAAGGGAGGGUCUGACGGAGGAGGAGGCCGCGAGGCUGGCGGAGGCGGUGCAGGGGCUGGAUGGCCGGCUCAGGCGCCUAGACCUGCCGGGGCAGGAGGGCUAUAUCCUCUGCCGGAAAGCGGAUGGGGCGGGGACGCGGGGGGGCGAGGAGGAUGAAAUUAUGUACGAGGAGUUUCAUCCACUUCGGUUGCGGCAGCACGAGCGG